CGCCCGCGUAGACUUGUCGGACCGUGGUACCGCAGUGAUGGCGGUCUUGUUCCUCAUCUCGGUCGUGGUCCUCGCCGUCCAUUCUGCGGCCUCAUUAGAGAUAGGAGUCGCGCCGGCUCCAUAUAACUGCCCGCCAGUCUCCUAUCAUGCCUGGGAGGAUCCGAAUGAGUGCGACCGUUACGUGCGUUGCGAAAAUGGCACCGUAACCGAUGCGCAAUGCCCCAACGGCCUCGUCUUCAGCCCUACAGGCGGAGCCUACGACUUCUGUGAUUUCAACUGGAGGGUCGAUUGCGGCAAAAAAAGGUCGGUGCCCCCGCCAGUCUCUUCUCCCGGCUGCUACUAUCAAUGGGGACUGUAUCCCGCCGACAACUGCGUGCAGUACGUGCGCUGCGAAUUCGGGACCCCGUACGUGAAGGAUUGCGAGCCUGGACUAGCUUACGAUGACCGAUCGAAGACUUGCAACUGGCCCGAUCUCGUUGAUGGAUGCGAUCCAGAAUCCAUCGUCGGGUUCCGCUGCCCGGAUAAGUCCGAAGGUCUUUCUGCCAAGUUCGAGCCAUUCCCUCGUUAUCCCCAUCCUGGAGAUUGUACGAAGCUCAUCACCUGCGUGAACCAGAAGCCUCGUCUCAUCUCUUGUGGCUACGGCACCGGAGUCUCCUUGUAUUCGCUCACUUGCGAAGACCACCGCGAUGUCCCCGAGUGCAAAGCAGCGGCUGCCACCGCCAACGUUGUCAAGAAGAAAUAAUGAAACGGUGCCAAAUAAAGUGAUUCAAAACAAA